AUGGCGUCGGGGGGAGCGCGAGAUAGCUCGAUUAAGGUCAUUUGUCGAUUCCGACCUCAAAACAAGAUCGAAAUCAGAGAACAGGCGAAAGAGAUUGUCUCUUUCCAUUCACCGGACACAUGCGAGAUCAACUCCGGUGAUAUCCAAGGUACAUUCACAUUCGAUCGCGUGUUUGACAUGGCAUGCAAGCAAAACGACAUCUUCGACUUCUCCAUCCGUCCUACCGUCGAUGAUAUCUUAAAUGGUUACAACGGCACCGUCUUCGCCUACGGCCAGACUGGUGCCGGUAAAUCCUUCACUAUGAUGGGAGCUGAUAUCGACUCUGACGUCACGAAGGGUAUCAUCCCUCGUAUCGUCGAACAAAUCUUCGCUUCUAUCCUCGCCAGCCCCGGAAACAUUGAAUACACCGUUAGAGUCAGUUACAUGGAAAUCUACAUGGAGAAGAUUCGCGAUCUGCUUGCUCCUCAGAACGACAAUUUGCCCAUCCAUGAAGAGAAGAACCGUGGUAUCUACGUCAAAGGUUUACUUGAAAUUUAUGUCAGCAGUGUUCAAGAAGUCUACGAGGUCAUGAGGCGUGGUGGUAACGCCCGUGCUGUCAGUGCCACAAACAUGAACCAGGAAUCCUCCCGAUCUCACUCCAUCUUCGUCAUCACCGUCACUCAAAAGAACGUCGAAACAGGUAGUGCCAAAUCCGGCCAGCUCUUCUUGGUCGAUUUGGCUGGUUCAGAAAAGGUCGGCAAGACAGGUGCCUCCGGUCAAACCCUCGAAGAAGCCAAAAAGAUCAACAAAUCGCUAUCCGCCCUCGGUAAUGUCAUCAACUCGUUAACAGAUGGCAAAUCUCAACAUAUUCCCUACAGAGAUUCCAAACUUACCCGUAUCCUCCAGGAAUCUCUUGGUGGUAACUCUCGAACUACACUCAUCAUUUGUGCCUCUCCUAGUAGCUAUAACGACGCAGAGACGGUGUCAACGUUGAGAUUCGGUGUUCGAGCUAAAGCUAUCAAGAACAAAGCUAAGAUCAAUGCUGAGUUGAGUCCUGCGGAGUUGAAGGCGUUGUUGAGAAAAGCCCAACAGCAGAUGUAUACAUUCCAAGAGUAUGUAUCGACACUUGAAGGCGAAGUCAGCGUCUGGAGAAGUGGUGAGACAGUACCGAAAGAUAAGUGGGUGGCACCCACACCUGCCGUUGAAGCGGUUAUUCGACAAGCUGCUCAACCGGCAUCAGCAACACAGCAGACUAGAGCGGAGAGAGGAAGCAUCGGAAGCACAUUGGCGAAAGACCUGGCGAGGCCGAGCACGCCUGCGCGGUUUUCGGCUGAUGUCACACCCGUGAGCCCCGGGAGACCGGAUAGCAGAGCGGAUUUGAUGCGAAGUGCGACUCCGACCGUAAUGCUGGAUAAAGAUGAGAAGGAAGAGUUCUUGAAGAGGGAGAACGAACUGCAAGAUCAGAUUGCGGAGAAGGAGAGCCAAGCUGCCGCUGCCGAGAAGCUGCUAGCUGCUCUUAAGGAAGAACUAUCGAUCUAUAAAGAGAAGGAUAAAGUACAGGGCAAGGAUAACGAGAAACUAACGGUGGAGGUUAGCGACCUCAAGAUGAAUUUGGAGAAAGUGUCUUUUGAGAGCAAGGAGGCACUUAUUACUAUGGACGGUCUGAAGGAGGCGAACUUGGAAUUGACAGCAGAGCUUGAUGAAGUCAAGCAGCAUCUCUUGGAUGUCAAGGUUUCAGCCAAGGAAGCCACCGCGGCAGCAGAAGAGAAGGAAAGGAGAAAAGCGGAGAAGAUGGCGAAGAUGAUGGCUGGGUUUGAUCUCGGAGAUGAAGUCUUCAGUGAAAACGAAAGGCUACUACGAAGUGUUAUUGAGAAUAUCAACGGGCUCGUAGAUAUUGCGGCAGGCGGUGAUUCGAUACCAGAGCAUGAUUUGAGGGAAAUCAAAACAAAGCUGCAGGAGGCGCAAGGUCUAAUAAGGCAGACCGAGUUGAACCUCAGCGAAAAGGUUGAAGAGAGUGAUGCCGCAUUGAAGAAGAGAGAAGAAUUGGAGAAGAAGUUUGUUGAAUUAGAGAAACAGUACAGAAAUGUUCUAGAGAACGGUCUAGAAGGCGCAGAUGUGGAGGAUAUCCGACAGAAGCUGGAAGAGACAUACACAUCGAAGAGAGAAGUCGAAACCCAGAUGCUUGAAGACCUUAAAGUCGAGGUUAAGAAGAAGGCAGAGGAGAAUGAGAAGCUGAAGAAGGAUGUUGAAGAGGCGGAGAGGAAGUUGAAGGCUGGAGCACAGCAGGCCAAUGGAGCACCAGCACUGCCGAACGGCAAGACUGUUGCGCAGCAGAUUGCCGAGUUUGACCAAAUGAAGAAGAGCUUGAUGCGCGAUUUGCAGAAUCGUUGCGAGAGGGUCGUCGAACUUGAAAUUUCCCUGGACGAGACACGCGAGCAAUAUAACAACGUCCUCCGCAGCUCGAAUAAUCGCGCCCAACAGAAGAAGAUGGCCUUCCUCGAGCGAAACCUUGAGCAACUUACCCACGUUCAGCGACAACUUGUCGAGCAGAAUAGCAGCUUGAAGAAGGAAGUUGCUAUCGCGGAGAGGAAGUUGGUUGCCAGAAACGAGCGUAUUCAGAGUUUGGAGCAGGGCUUGAGGGAGAGCCAGGACAAGCUUACGGACCAGAGCGAUCGGUUCGAGGCGCAACUCACCGCGGUUAAGGAUCGUCUACAAGCCGCCAAGAUUGGAAGCAGGGACAUGGGUUCCCCAACUUCGGGGGCAGGAUUCAGCUUUUCUGGUAGCAGGAUUGCGAAGCCACUAAGAGGUGGCGGUGGUGGGGCCGACAACGGCAUCCCCAUUAUUGGGGGAUUUAUAGGAGGUGGAAGCAAUGCUAGCGAGGCCGGUGGCAAGAGGAGCACCUGGAGUAGCAUCAUUGGGAGGUAG